AUGGCGUUGCCAGUGGUAUCGCAAGGAAAUCUCAAAAAACAUACUGAUAAAUGCAACCUUGAAGUCCAGCGUUUCCUCACAUGGUUUCUUCCUGAUAGAGAUCGUAUCGACGACGAGAAAACAAUUCAGCUGUUUGGUCGUAUUCAAAUCUUCACUGCCUGCUUUGCUGGCUUUGCUGUCGGUGCAAAUGAUGUUGGUAACUCUAUCGCUCCAGUAGCAUCCUUGGUAGCAAUCUACAAGGAUCAAAGCACUGAACAAGAAGCGGAGGCUCCCAUCUACGUGUUGCUGUAUGGUGUUUUUGCUAUUUGCUUUGGAAUGUGGACCCUUGGUUAUCGAAUCAUAGGCACCGUCGGUACAGAAGUGUCCCACAUAAAUCCAGCAAGCGGUUUCACAAUUGAACUCGGGGCGGCGUUGACGACUUUGAUUGCUAGCAAAUUUGGUCUACCUAUAAGUACAACACAGUGCUUGGUCGGUUCCUUGGUGCUCGUUGGCUGCAUACGAUCAAGGGAGAGAGUGAAAUGGAGUGUUUUCCGCAAUAUUGUUAUUGCAUGGGUCUGUACAGUGCCUAUGUCAACUUUCAAAAAUAACGAGGGUGAGGAUUGUCGAUAUCGUGUAAGUUCCAAGCCUUUUGUGGCCGAAGUUGUUUCGAUGUGA